AUGGCUACGCUCUCUUCCUUUUCCCCGCACCUAAUACUGCACCGUCUUAUCCGCCGCUCCGCAGCGCCGUCGAGUCUCCGCGCCUCUGAUAUUGCAUACUCUCGCAAUCCAAGUGCAUCAGCCACCGUAUACUCCCAAUCCAGAAAAUCAUAUCCUCUCCUCCGAGCUGCGCCGUCAUUCACCUCCUCUCGCUUAAUCCUCUCCUCUUUCUCCUCCUCGUCGCGCUCAAAUACUCAGCAGCGAUUUUCAAGUGAUGCAGUUCUUCUGGAGAAUGUAAAAUUCGAAUCGGAAGGAGAAAUUGAUUCAGCUUUGCUGGAUAAUGUACAAACUGAAUCAGAAGGGGAAGUUGACGCAGUUUCUGAUAGAGCUGUUGCGGAGGUUUCGAAUUGUGAGGUGAUUAAAACCGCUCCUCGGCCACUUCUCCCCCCGCCGCCGAGUCUUAGCGUGAAGGAGAAGAAGGACCUGGGUUCCUUCGCGCACAGUUUGGGGAAAAAGCUGAAGUCGCAACAGGUCGGGAAAUCGGGCGUCACAGACACUGUUAUUGGCGCGUUGAUUGAAACGCUUGAAAAAAAUGAGCUUCUCAAGUUGAAGAUACACGGUACAUGCCCUGGAGAAUUAGAAGAUGUGGUGAAGCAGUUAGAAGAAAGCACGGGCUCAGUAGUCGUCGGCCAAAUUGGCAGAACCGUGAUUCUCUACCGGCCCAGCCUGAGUAAGCAAAAAGCUGAGGAGAAAAAGAAACAAGCUCAGAGAGACCUUUUGAAACGACAAGCAGCAUUCAAACAAUCCCCUCAGAGUAGGAGACCAACAGCUGUGCCAGGGCAAGAACCAAGCUGGCCAAGACAAGCUGGUCGUGGUAGGCGAGGAACUAGCAGAGUAUGAGGUACUGGUGCAAGAUUUUAUAUGUUGGUUAGCAGAGUAUUGAAUUAUUCUCAGGUUAGACGAAUCAAAAUUGAUAUCGAUCUGCAAUAGUAUUUCGAAGGGAUGAGAAAGAGCCAUUCUGAUGUAGCUGGUUUUGGAGUUGGAUGAACCAAAAUCCUGACCUCAUUGCAGACAAUGACUUUUGUUGAGUUUGAGCUGAUGAUGUGGUCUAAAAUUGUCUUUUGUAGUUCAAGGUCAAGAGCGUUUCUGCUUUAAAUAUUUUUAGGAUUCAUGAAUUCAGAAAAAUGAUUGUGAAAAUUGGUUUCUUAAGCAUGCUGUGACUGAAAUUAUUGAGAUGAUAUAUUUACGCAAAUUAUUUGCAAGCUAAA